AUGUUACCAAGAGGUUCUCAUGGAUUAGAAAACACUUUAUUUCAAUUAAAAUUUACUUCUAAACAACUAAAGAAACAAGCACAAAAAGCACAUAAAGAAGAGAUUGCGGAAACUAAUAAAUUGAAAAAGAUACUAAAUGAAAAUGAAGAAAUUGCAAGACUGUAUGCAUCAAAUGCUAUACGGAAGAAAAAUGAACGUGUUCAAUUAUUGAAACUUGCAUCUCGUGUGGAUUCUGUGGCUUCCAGAGUUCAAACUGCCGUGACUAUGAGAAACGUUUCUCAAUCUAUGGCUUCUGUAUGCAAAGGUAUGGAUAAGGCAUUAGCAGGGAUGAAUUUACAACAAAUUACUAUGGUUAUGGAUAAAUUUGAAUCUCAGUUUGAAGAUUUAGAUACAAGCGUGAACGUCUAUGAAAAUAUGGGCAUUAGUUCAGAUGCUAUGAUGGUUGAUAAUGACAAAGUAGAUGAAUUAAUGAACAAAGUAGCGGAUGAAAAUGGUAUUGAAUUGAGACAAUCAGCUAAAACAGAUCAACUACCCGAUAUUCAAACAAUGGAGACAGUUGACACUGAAAGAGAAGAUAAGUUAGCUCAAAAAUUAAAAGCUUUACGUGGAUAA